ACACGCAUACACACCCGCGCAUACACACCCGCACAUACACACACACACACACACACGCCUCGGUAUAUCCCCGCGGUGCGGUUUCCAAAGUUGUUCACUGAAUUUAUAUGUCGCCGUUGAAUAUUGGAUUUCGAGCUCGCGCCGCGGUGAAGGCAGCUCAUAUCAAGUCGCCAAUGUAUAAAAUGGCGACAGUAGGUGGAGGAAGGGGGAGUGGAGGAUUUUUUGGGAAUAUAAGGUUAUACGGAGCGCUGUCGGCAGGGUCGGCUCCGAGGCGGUGUGUGUGUUGCCCCCACAACCCGUGCGAGCGGAGUGAAACGGGUUAAUUCGGCAGUUUGUUAUAGUUGGGCUCCAGCAGCGGGAUCUCACCCCCCGCUCUGCCUCUCUAUACUAUGUGGCGUAUCUGCUUAUUUUAUUGCACAACGCGCUGUUUCUCCACUGCGCUUUUUUAGUUGGGAAAGACUUUUGAACACAGCGCGUGCCCAACUCCUACAUGUUCAAAUCGUUUUUCUUUUCACUCUUUAUUACUUUCUCCCUCACGGCGCAAGGGCCGGUCCAAGGUUAUAUGAGAACCUAAACCAGGGGGCGGGCCACGUGAGUAACUGUGAUCAUUUACGUUCCAUCAGAGCUGUUAAACUUGUCCAUGAGACAGGAAUCCAAAAUUGGUAGAAGGCAUGAAGCAACACUGUGAUAUCUCUGUGGCUGGUCCAUGACACCAAACCCCACUUAAACCCUUUCACUAUUCACCUACCCACUGCUCUCAUCACGCCGGGCUACCACUCACUCACAUUUACACCAAGCUGCGAUAUGGCCAGCAAGAGGAAAUCCACUGUGCCCUGCAUGAUACCAUCCAAAUCCAAACAUGCACGUGAGGAAAUUGUUCUGGGCUCGCUACCAGAACUCCUACCAACAAUCCCAGAAGACAGCAUUCUCAGCAUCUCCGGAGAGGAGUCGGCCCACUUUUCUCGCAGCUCCUCCAAAUCCGAAAGCAGCAGCGAAACGCAGAAAGGAGGUACUUACAGCUGCGUCACUUGCCGAUUCGAGUCCAGAGAUCUAAAUUACUUUUUGGAUCACAUGCAUAACUGCCACUUAGACUUCAGAGCCCAGCCCACCUUCUACUGCCUGAACUGCGGGGUGUCGGUCGUCCGUUUCGAGGCUCUUGCGCUGCACAACGCUAACGCCCACCCCAAGAUUAUGGAGGGGUUGGUUACCGCCUCCCUCAGUGUCAACAAGAGAGAUGGAGUAACAACUGUAGAGCAAAGCCUCUUUACAGACAGUGGAGAAGACUACAAAGAAUCUGGGAUCUCCCUCACCAAAACACCAAUCGCAAAGAUGAUGAAAGCCAAGGGGGAGCACAAAAAGAUUGUUGUAUCUCACACUGUGGAGGUACGGAAGAUAGACACUGGAAAGGAUGCAGACCCUAGCCUGCUGAAUAAUGUGCCUGAACUCCAAAACGGGGCUCUCAGUACGUCUGGGACUCCAGCUAUGCCGACGACCACUGUCACUCAUGUGAUUAAGACAGUGUCCAACCAAGUCUUUCACCAGCACACUCCCCCUCUUUAUUCCCCCACUUCCACUGACACGAAUAAAGAUCUUCCAAAGGUGAUGAUCCCUCUCAGCAGCAUCCCCACCUACGAUGCAGCCAUGGACACCAGCAGUUUUCUCAAGACAUCGUUUGGCAAAUUUCCCUACCCGACCAAAGCCGAGCUCUGCUACCUGACGGUGGUUUCGGAGUUUCCAGAAGAACAAAUCAAGCUAUGGUUUACUGCCCAAAGGCUUAAACAGGGCAUCAGCUGGUCUCCUGAAGAGAUCGAGGAGGCCAGGAGGAAGAUGUUCAAUACUGUUUUCCAAGGAGGAGCACCCCAGAAGCCACCCGUGACACCACAACAGCUCAAUCACAUCGUAACUCACCACACUGUCACUGGCCUUCCAGGCUCAAAAGGACCAAACUUUCAGAUGGCCAAAGUUCCAUAUGGAGGUAUAAAACCAAGGCCCGUCGGAGUCAUAGCAACGCAGGCCAACUUGUCAACCAAGCCACAUGUGACAAGGGUCUCGUAUUCUUCUCCAGUUCCCCCACCAAAGUUUCCAUGUACUGCCCGAACAACACAAGAGCCUACUAAGAGUACUGAACUCACUGUGGAGCAAGAGAAGAGCAACGGGCUGGAUGAGGCUGGAAGCAGCGGUUGUGUCAAUAGCACCAGCAGCAGUCGAAGCAGCAGUAGCAGCAGCUGUUCCAGCAUUACUAAUGGUGUUGAGAGCAGAAAAUUGGUAAACAACAACAGCAACCCGACUGACACCACCAACAGCGUUGCCACCUGCUCCACAAACACUAGCAAUAACAGUGAGCACUGCGAUGCUGACACCAACAGUGAACCAAGCACCAAGAGCAACAGUUUACCAACUGGAUCAGAGGGUUCGAACAGCACCACGAGUCAAGUGAUCAUGGACAACACCAGCAAAUCAAAAACAAACUGUAACAAUCAUCACAGUAGCUUCAUCGUCUGUGAUCCAGAUGGGGCAAAUGCUGACAGGGCUGAUGAUGAAAACAGCAGCCACGUUCACAAGACCAACAGCAGCAGUAUUAGCAGUGAAAACUGCAGUUCCACCUGUGAUGACAGCGUUCCAAACAAGAACAAUCCCAGCAAACCCCCAACUGAAAGCACCAGCACAACUGUCAUUACAACAAGCAACUCAUCUAUUAUAGAUGAGGGUGGAUGCAACAAAGACUUUCCCAUGAAAGGCAUGUCAAUCUUGCAGAAGCUCAUUAAGGAGGAGGACCUAAUUAUUGGCGAGAGGGCACAGAAAGAGCUCAGAGUUGACCCCAUUAAGAUCAAUUUUAAAAGGCUGAAGAUGAAUGAACCACAGACCACAUCCGACGCUGUUCAUCAAGAACCCAAAUGUGACAUAGAGGUGUCGGCCUGCCAUACGUCUUUCUUGCCACCCUGGGGCAACAAGACCCCACAGCAGCUGCAAAUCCUCCGGCAGGCUUUUUCUAACACUCGUUGGCCCAGCAGCCUUCAGUACGAAGAGUUAAGCAUUCAGACAGGCCUUCCUAAGUCAGAGGUAGUGCGCUGGUUCAGCGACAGUCGCUACAGCCACAAAAAUGGGCAGCUGAAGUGGUUGGAGACUUAUCAACGGCCUCCAGCGGAGUCAGAUGACGCAAGGAGCUACGGAGACACUGAGGCUGAGUCGCAGAAAGACCCUUCACCGGCCAAGAAGAAACUCAUUGAGCAAGAAACGAUCAAGCACCCGGAAGGGAAAGCAGGGCUGGACUCGGGGCAGCGGCUUGUGUGGCAGGAUUCAUUUGAGCCGCUGCUCGCUCUGACAGGAUCCGAGACUGGUGGCAGGAAGCACCACAAACCUGAGGAGUCAGGUCAGACAGCAGUCCUGCAGGAUCCCUGGUCAGAAGGAGGCGAUGAGCAGCAGCAGCCCACAGCGAGUCAUUCACUGAUCGAACAGCAGACCGACACCAACCAGGCCAGGGACCGCCUGAGGAUGGAGCUGCUGGAGGUGUGAUGAAGCACCGGACACGUGACGCUUAAAGGCCGGCCUGCUCCCCUGGCUAUGAUUUGAGGGUUUUCUCUUUUUUUAAAAAAACAACAACAAAAGAGUGUGUUCAUAAUGACAGCAGAUGUGAUUGUAGCUGGACCGCUGGACUCUGACUGAAACUGUGAAUACCCCCCUCCCCUCUCCUCAUCUUCUUCUUCUUCUUCUCCUACUUCUUCUCCUUCUUCUUCCAUCUGCCAUCACUUCCUGCCACCGACAGAAGAAAAAGAACUUCUCACCUUUUGAGUCCUGUGAUGUUUUAAGCCUUUCAUGCUUUUUUGUGGUUGUGUGGGGAGGGUGCACAACGAGGUCAGUAUGAGGGAUCAAAGAAAAGAAAGAAAAGACGCACACUGACUGGAAAACUGACUUGAAUGAGCGAAACCUAGGUUAGGAUAGGGCUGUAGGGAGAAUUAUAUAUAUAUAAGCAUAUAUAUAUAUAAGCAUAUAUAUAUAUAUAUAUAUGGUUGAAACUGCACUAUAAAAGAUGGUUUGUACUGCCUGGACAAACAAAAGAUGUGUUGAGGAAAUGUUAUUGUUGGCUUUGUGAUAUUUUUUACUCUUUUUUUUUUUUCUUCUUUGUUUGUUUUUUAGCAACCAGUACUUCAGCACUGCCUUGAAUUUUACUUUUUCUUUCCGUUAGUUGGGUUUUCAAUUCUACCCACUCUUCUAUAGUCACUGUAAGUCCAGAUGCAAUCGAACACGUUUUAUUCAGAUCUGUAUUAAUGUUGGUGAUCACUUUGCAGUUCAGCUACACGCAAGAGACUAUAUACAAUGCACUAAUGAAGACGGCGAUAGUAAAAAAAAAAGAAAAGAAAAAAAGAAACAGAAAUCAAUCUGCUUCACUGUAGAGGUAUUGACAGCUGUCAAGAUCAAUACACUACACUGCCCUGCAAACUGAACAGAGAGAAGCCUGUCACGCUACCGUUGCCUUACUCAGCUCUGUCUGUGUGUUUAUAUGAGUCGUCUGUUCAUCACCUUGCUUUCGAGCUUCUGUGCUGUCCAGAAAUAAUGGAGAAAAAAAUAGCAAAAAAAUAAAAAUAAAAUAAACAAAUAAAAAUAACUAACUUUCCAGUGCAUUGAUGGUCACUGUUGGUCUAUAUCUGUGAAAAAAAAAUAAAAAAUCUUGUGCUGCUUUCUGUACACUUGGAGAUGUUCAACUUUAAGCUGUAAUUGUAUCGAACAUUGUUAACUGGCAGAAACAGAAGAAGAAGAGAAGAAAAAAAAAAACAGAAAAAAAAAAAAAACGUUUGAAAGAAAAAUUCUCAAUUUGAUCCCUAAACACUGACAGAGUGAGAUCUUGUGCUAGCUAGAGAGCCAAAACGAGGAGACGGUCGCUCUCCUCUCAAUUUUCUUGUGUUUAUAUCGAAGCAUACAGUCACUACAUGAAUCUCACUAAAGCUGCAUCUUGAAGCUGCUAAUAGCGAAGAACGGUGCUAUACCAUCCAAAGUGAAAUCGGGAGGUGGGCUUUUUACCCCCGCCUCCUACCAGCAGUGUAUGCACUUGUGUCGAAUGUUACAAAUUUAUUUUGGUUUGAGAUCAAUGGAAUCUGGACUUACGGUGUUAAUGAUCACUUAAACUUUUAUGGAAAAUAGUCUUUGAUCAUAAAGCACUGUUGUAUCAUCCUUUCUACACUUCUGAGUCUUUACAGAAUAAACUGAUUACUCAACAAGCAGCAAAAGUCUUGUUUAUUCAUCACCUCGCGCCAGUGUUUGUCUGAUACGUUGCUGAUAGAAGCUAGAAAUGAGCAGGCAAUGUGGAGGAAAACAGCGCCAUCUGCUGGUGAGAAGCCACUAGUACAAUCGUUCCAUAAAAAUUUCCGAAAGUAUUCAUAUUUCUUGAAUAUGAAUUUUUUAUGUGUAAACAUUUACUCUAAUUACCCUAAAUAAAACACACGGUAACCACCUGCAUUUGGAAAAAAUUCACAAAGUAGCUUUGAGAACCGUGGUAUUUCUGGAGGAGCUGCAGAAAGAAAAUGGCAUAAUAAUUGCAAGAAUUAAAAACAAAAAAAAAAGUGCUACCACUGUAUUAGCGAGUUUCAGCAAAUCAAAUUUAGCACCUUUUAAUACCACCUUGAAUUAAAUUUAAGACCUAAAAAUAUCUACAUACAAGGGACGAUUGGGGUAUCCUGUUGUAUUACAAACAAGCAUAUCAAAAAUUGAGAAAUUUCCGGCAUCUGUUUGUGGAUAUUGGCAGCUUUGUUUCUCACACUGCUUGUGGCUCUCUACAACUUUAAACCCCAUAGUACCUAGCUUAAAUUGUUGGUUUUUUCUUCACAGAAUGCAUCUAUUCUCGUACGGGUUGGCAACAGAAGAGAGGUUGUCUCUUGGUUGAUGAAGAAAAAAAUUAAGCUAGCUCCUAAGCGUAUGUUAGCAACGAGUUAGCUUUAGCCUCAACUGCCGCGAGUCACAGAAUUAUGUCUGCACGCGACUCAAACGUUUGCCUGACAGUAAUUCGUACCGGGGCUCUGGACUCUCCGACUCGGCUAUUGAGAAACAACGGCUUCCUGGAAGCGUGGACUCUGUUGAAGUUUUAAACGUUACCGAAUCAUUGACGUUUGUUCCUGACCUACAUAAUGCGCCGGUCUGACGCUAUGAAGCUUACCGGAAAUCGCCUGUUCUAUGGUCCACAAAAAAAAAAAAAAAAAAAAAAAAUUGCUUGAAAGAUUUCCCUUUCAAUAACAGGCCCAGUAACAGGACCGCUCUCUCUUUGGUUUGGUGGCUGCAAAAAUGAGAAAAACAUUUUUGUUACAACCGUAUUAGGAGUCAAAUAUGAUUUAUAUCAUUAAAAAAUUUAAAUAAAUAAAAUAAUUGGUAUUGGCAGGUCCCUUCAAUGUACAGGAGCAGUAAAGGGAGGUGAGAUUUGAGCUGAAUAGCAUCUGAAGGCAACUGUCAGGUUAGCCACAUGUUCAUGUGGAAGGCAUUUAAUGCCCAACUUCCCUAAUGAUGUGAAAUCUGCUGGGAGUGGAACUGGAUGAAUGAGGUAGAAAAAAACGUAUUAAUUGAAGUCAAAUACACAAUUUCAAUUUGUAGGAUUUUAUUGUUUUUUCCAACCUACAAUGAGUUUAAAAACAUGAUCAAAGGCUAUGACAUAAAAGGUAAGACAGGAGUAGGAUGUGUACUUUACAGCAGCUUACAUCAAUGUUCCUGCCAGAAGUGGGACAGAAGUGGAAUAAAAUGAUAUUUCACAUUAAAUGUUACAUCAUUAUUAAUCACACAGUUAAAACUUUUCUGCACUGUAACAGCUUGGUGACUUUUGUAAUUUGUUUCUUUUGUUUUUGGCAAAGUUGACAUCCCUCAAACCUCCACAGGGAGGGGUGGUAGACAUUUCAUCUGCUGACUAAAAAUUGUGUUCAAGUAAGAGACGUGGGAGGUUUCUCUUUUUUCCUGCUAAACUACCCAGAAAAAAAUAUAUAUAAAAUUUAAGAGAUUGAGAGGACGCUUGCAACACAGAGGGAAAUAAAAUAAAACAUGAUGGAUUCACAUUUACAGUGAAGUAACAAAAAAAAGAAAGAAAAAAAAAAGUCCCUGAUAGAAACUGUAAAAUAAUAUAUUCACAUUCUGCUCACCUAAGUAAAUAUUGGCAUGGAUGCAAUAUUACCCCCCUUUGCCUGCUCAGACAUCCUCUCUUUCUCUCAACAGUCCAGUUUAAAAUAUUCACCCAGACAGCUUCCACACCACCGAGCCUUGAAUAAACACACACACACACACACACACACGCAGGCACACACACCCGCAUACACACCCGCUCCCACUUUCUUCGAAGGCGCGUGGGUGUAUUUAAGGAUUUCUUUUCAUUUUAACUUUCUCUAACAAAAUAUAGAAUUCGUCAAUAAUACAUGGUAGGGGCUAAAAUACAGAGCGAGUGAACAAAAAAAAUAAUAAAAU